AUGGAUAUAGAGUACCCGUGGGUCGCUUACGCACGCAAGAGCGAUGUCAACUACCACACGGCCGUCAACGAUCAGACACUACUCGUCGACUACACAGUCCGCCGGCACCUCACCGGGGGUCCAAAGGCACAUCCCUACACGGGAGCCUAUGGGAGUGUACGGGUGGUGACCAAUGUUUUCGGGUACAAAAAAAUCCUCAACAAGACGCGCACAAUCAUUGAAUCUAUCACCUCGGAGAUCCCGGAUUUUGAGAUGAUCACCGAGUCGCUUUGGAUUGACAUCGGGCUCGAAUUCAAAAAUGGGUUGGCUGAGAUAAGCCUAGACUAUCGCGGGGGUCUGCAUGCCUGCAAUCACUUGCUGGUAAAUGUCUUGGGUUUCUACUUGCUCUGUGACCGAGGAGAUGUGCAACCUGUGUGCUAUUCUGAACAAGAGACGAAAAAUAGACCACUAUGUAUCAACAUAUACGACUCCGUCGAGGGUGGAACUGGUAUCUCCGAAGCCGCCUAUCACAAGAUCGAACCGAUCAUGCAGAAAGCCUAUGAGCUUAUAAAGGGAUGCGAUUGCGAGGAGGCGAAUGGGUGUCCCGCGUGCACUCAUGAUCCUUCGUGUGGAGAGUACAACAAUUGUUUGGACAAAAAGGCGGCAUUGUGGAUUUUGGAACGGCUGGUUGCCAGAACUCCAACGUCAUGAGCGUGUGCUUCUGCUCGCUGUUCACAUAUAGAGAUGCCUAAAUUGACAGGCACGUGUGGCCCACACGAGUGCUGCGACGACGCAUAAACAUUCUGUAGCCUUAGUGACACCGUUCGGUCGCGAGAAAUUGUAACUAUCACUGGGCAACUUAUUAGAGUACGCAUCACGGGUCUUCUUUUUUGACUCCUCAUCUGAUAAUCAGGCGAAAGCAUUUAUCAAUCAAUCGUUUCCGUAAAACAAAUUUGGUGGAGAGCACAACGUUAUAGAGUUAGUUAUGGUAUUGUAUACGAAAGGCUGGCCUAGUUGUGGAGCAGAACUCAGCCAAAGUAAUCUGCACCCCUAUGGCACGAUCAUGUAAGACCUGAGUACUUCACUCAAAGUUACGACUAGGGUGCGGAAAAGGCUCGCUAGCAGAUUCAUCACGGGUUGAGUGAAUGGUCUGUCGGAAAGAUUUUGUUCUAGGCUCGCCAUAUGCUACCGAAUGUGCCGACUGAGCUACUUGUCCUUGUGAACACACACAGUAUCCCAAUAUGUACCUAACUGUACAGGUAGACUUCUUAAAUAUAGUUUGUGCCCUCUCUGCCAAUCGUGCUCUGCUAUGCAAACUCUCUCCCAGAUUUCAAGCUUAUUUAGUCGUACAAAAUCCGUCCGAAUAAAAUUGAAUCCCA